AUGGAGAAAGCCGCAAUCCAAGCCGCAACCAGAGCAUGUUUCGUGGACAGUAGCACGGUCCACGUUUCUCUGUUCAUCAAGGCACUCCAGGAGCGAAACGUCAUCACUCGCUCCAAUCUCACGCGGAUCGUUGAGUCCACAGACUAUCUCACGCUGGUGGAAAAAAACACCAGGGUGGUGCUCACAAGGAGCACAUUCACAGCAGCGGCAGUUGAUCCGCCCCGUCCUCCUCUUCACAUGGCUACAAAGUACCUCCAAGAAACAGCAUUUCCUCCUUCGGCCGUCAAAUCCGUCGCUUUUCAGGUCACAAACGUCACAAAGCCAGCUCCUCCCUCCGCCGCACACCUCGCGGCUGGCAAGACCACAAACGCCACAACGUCAGUUCCUCCUCUGUCUGUCGACUGUGACACAGAGGCGAUUAUUGAUAUUCUCGGCGACAUUGCAACCGGGUAUCUCGAUUUGGAUGACACCGCGGUGACGGAUAUUUUUCUCGAUGUGGGGUCCAAGAUGUCCGUCAAGACCAGUGGGGAGUGCGUUCAGUACAACAAAGUAAUCGAGCAUUCCGAUGUAUCCACUAUAUUGGAACAGCUGCCAGGAGGUGAACCUGAUUUCAGCCAAAACAACCGUGUGAUCUUCGGACAGACCCUCCAUCGAUUGGCAGCAGUGACGUAUGACGGUUCCAUCAAGGGCAUCACCAUCAGAGUCGGUCGGAGUGUGUCAGGACUCUUGCCCAUAUUCGAGGGACUCGUAGAGCAAAAGAACGUGCUUCUGUGCGGCUCCCCUAACGUUGGGAAAACGACGACCCUUCGUGAGAUCUGCAAGUAUCUCUCCCGCGGCAAAUGUCUGUGCUUGAUCGACACGUCCGGCGAAGUGUGCGGAGAAACAGGAAACAGGAGCCAUAUUGUAGGCACCUCACGAGUCUUCCGGCCAGUAGACCCUGCCAAACAGUACAUGACUCUUCUCGACUGUGUGAGGAACCAUUCGCCCGACGUUAUUGCAAUCGAUGAGCUGAACACAAAGAACGAGGUGGAAGUAUGCCAGACCAUCGCACUGAGGUCCAUCCAGAUGGUUGCCUCUGUCCACGGAAACAUCCAGGACCUUGUGUUCAACCCGAUGCUGAACAAGGCGCUCGGAGGGUCGACACAAGCUCUCGUUUCGGACCGGGUAGCGGUUGACGGAAAAAAGGUCGUCACCCAGCGUACUUCACGUCCGAUUUUCGAUAUAGUGAUUAAUAUCACGAGGUCAUCAGAGGGACUCGAGUAUUCUUUUAUCGAAGACGUCGCCGAAAAUGUCACCCGCAUCAUGCAGGGGAAACCGAUCCAUAUCCGCAGAAGACGCAUGGUCGGUGAUGAACUGUUGGAGUCUAGGGAGGAAGUCUUGUAUCCCUGCGAGUGA